AUGUUAACCGGUUGCAGUGAAGAAGUGCAAAAACGGUUGGACAGCGAACAGAUACUGGAUCUCGAUAUUGCAUUGAAUGAAACGGGUAGUGCUGGCUUGGGUGUUAGUCUGAAGGCACGAGCUGUGAUGAAACCUGACGGCACCAGGGAGGACUGUGGUAUUUUCAUCAAAAAGGUGUUACAUGGCGGUGCUGCGUUCAAGGAUGGUCGACUGCAAGUGAAUGACCAGUUGAUUGGGAUCGAAGACAUCGAUCUGAGGUGUAUGCUGAAGAAUGCGGAUGCGAGUGAUGCGAUCACCAAACGUCUCAAAGAAAUCGGUUCGCUUCAUUCCAAUUUGCAGUGA